UUUAUGAAAGGGCUUCAUCCCGCCCUUGAGAAAGGUUCAGGGUUUCGAUCUAGGGUUUCUGAUCUACUCUAUCGAUCCGGGCUGGAGAUCAUCGGCCAUGAAUGGCGAUGCUCGGAGGAGAGUUAGGGGUGACUCCCGAGGCAUAUCGAAGCAGAAGCUCCGGAUCUCGGCUGAAGAGGAGCUUGAAUCGAAGCUAGGUUUCAGUCCUUUCACCGAAGGCGAGAAGCGGCUCGGUUGGCUUCUCACUGUAGCCUCUUCAUCUUGGGAGGAUCAAGAUACAAGCAAGAUCUACAGCUGUGUUGACCUUUACUUUGUUACGCAGGAUGGAUCCACAUUCAAAGCAAAACACAAGUUUCGGCCUUAUUUCUAUGCUGCUGCCAAGGACAAAAUGGAGUCUGAGGUUGAGGCGUAUCUCAAGAGACGCUAUGAAUCAUACAUUGCCAACAUAGAUAUCAUAGAUAAAGAAGAUUUAUCUUUGAGAAAUCAUCUGUCUGGUUUAUGUAGGUCAUAUUUGAAGAUAUGCUUUGAUACUGUACAGCAAUUAAUGCAUGUAAAGAAUGAUCUGCUGCAUGUUGUUGAAAGGAACCAAUCAAAACUGGAUACUUCUGAAGCAUUUGAGUCCAUAUACAGUGAUAAGAGAGUGGAAAGACCACAAGAUUAUUUGGACUGCAUUAUUGAUUUACGUGAAUAUGAUGUUCCAUAUCAUGUUCGCUUUGCGAUUGAUAUGGAUGUUAGGUGUGGACAGUGGUAUGAUGUUAGUGUUUCCGUUGAGGGUGUUGAGUUAAAGAAAAGAGCUGAUCUUCUUCAACGUGCUGAAGUUCAUGUUUGUGCAUUUGAUAUAGAGACAACGAAACUACCUUUGAAAUUUCCUGAUGCUGAAUAUGACAUCAUUAUGAUGAUAUCAUACAUGAUAGAUGGGCAAGGGCACCUUAUAAUCAAUCGAGAGUGUGUGGGGAAUGAUAUCGAGGAUCUGGAAUAUACCCCAAAACCUGAAUUUGAAGGUUUGUUCAAAGUUCAAAAUGUCAAAGAUGAGAAAGAGCUUCUCAGGGUAUGGUUUGACCACAUGAAAAAGGUGAAACCUGGAAUUUAUGUUACUUAUAACGGUGAUUUUUUUGAUUGGCCAUUCUUAGAGAAAAGAGCUGCUCAUCAUGGGAUUAUAAUGAGUGAGGAAAUAGGCCUCCAAUGUGACCAGAAUCAAGGAGAAUGCCGUGCUAAAUUUUCUUGCCAUUUAGACUGUUUUGCUUGGGUUAAACGUGACAGCUAUCUUCCCCAAGGAAGCCAAGGCCUCAAGGCUGUUACAAAGGCCAAGUUGGGUUAUGAUCCAUUAGAGGUAAAUCCUGAAGACAUGGUUCGAUUUGCAAUGGAACAACCUCAGAUUAUGGCGUCCUAUUCUGUAUCAGAUGCUGUGGCAACUUACUAUCUUUACAUGACAUAUGUGCAUCCGUUUAUUUUCUCUCUUGCAACUAUAAUUCCCAUGCCACCUGAUGAAGUCUUGCGCAAGGGAAGUGGUACCCUUUGUGAAAUGCUUCUCAUGGUUCAGGCGCAUAAAGCGAAUGUCAUCUGUCCCAACAAACAUCAGGCAGAUCCAGAGAAGUUCUACAACAAUCGCCUUCUAGAAAGUGAAACUUACAUAGGAGGGCAUGUUGAAUGCCUAGAAAGUGGGGUAUUUAGAUCUGAUCUUCCCACAAAGUUUCAACUUGAUCCAUCGGCAUUUGAGCAAUUAAUCAGGAAUCUUGAUCGUGAUUUGCAAUAUGCCAUAAGCACAGAGGGGAAAAUGGAUGUUGACUCUAUAUCAAACUAUGAAGAUGUGAAGAAGGCGAUAUUAGAUAAGCUUACACUAUUGAGAGAUCAUCCAACACGUGAAGAGUGCCCUCUUAUUUAUCAUUUGGACGUUGCAGCAAUGUAUCCAAAUAUCAUUCUCACAAACAGGCUUCAGCCACCAUCAAUAGUAUCAGAUGUUGUUUGCACUGCAUGUGAUUUCAAUCGCCCUGGCAAAAAUUGUCUCCGCAAGCUUGAAUGGGUCUGGCGAGGGGAGACCUUCAUGGCAAAGAAAAGUGAUUAUUUUCACCUGAGGAAUCAGAUAGAGUCUGAAAUCAUUGAAAAUGUUGAUGGGCAGUCCUCAAGACCCUUUCUUGACCUUCCAAAAACAGAACAGCUGGCAAAGCUUAAAGAUAGGUUGAGGAAAUAUUGCCAAAAGGCUUAUAAAAGGGUUCUUGACAAGCCCAUUACUGAGCUUCGAGAAGCUGCUAUCUGCAUGCGUGAAAAUCCUUUUUAUGUUGAUACUGUGCGAAGUUUUCGAGAUAGAAGGUAUGAGUAUAAAGGUCUUAAUAAGAUUUGGAAGGGAAAAUUAGCUGAAGCAAAGGCAAGUGGGAAUUCCAUGAUGAUCCAAGAAGCACAGGAUAUGGUUGUGCUUUAUGAUUCACUACAACUUGCUCAUAAAUGCAUACUUAAUUCAUUCUAUGGAUAUGUCAUGCGCAAAGGUGCAAGAUGGUACUCAAUGGAAAUGGCUGGAGUUGUCACUUACACAGGUGCAAAGAUCAUCCAGAAUGCUCGUUUACUUGUUGAAAAAAUUGGGAGGCCAUUGGAAUUGGACACUGACGGUAUCUGGUGUGCUCUUCCAGGAUCUUUCCCCGAGAACUUUACUUUUGAAACAAAACAGGCAAAGAGAAAGCUGACAAUCUCUUAUCCGUGUGUUAUGCUUAAUGUUGAUGUUGCCCAAAACAACACUAAUGAUCAAUACCAGACUCUUAAAGAUCCUAUUACCAAGACAUAUACUACACAUAGUGAAUGCUCCAUUGAAUUUGAAGUGGAUGGACCAUAUAAGGCAAUGAUCCUUCCAGCUUCAAAGGAAGAAGGUAUUUUGAUCAAGAAGCGUUAUGCUGUUUUUAAUCAUGAUGGAACCUUGGCUGAGCUUAAAGGUUUUGAGAUCAAGAGGAGAGGUGAGCUGAAGCUAAUAAAAGUUUUCCAGGCAGAGGUUUUUGACAAGUUUCUUUAUGGGUCAACCUUGGAAGAGUGCUAUGCAGCUGUUGCAGCUGUUGCAAACCGGUGGCUUGAUCUUUUAGAUAACCAAGGAAUUGAUAUAGCUGACAGUGAGUUGCUUGAUUACAUAUCUGAAUCAAGCACAAUGAGUAAAUCUUUAGUUGAUUAUGGAGAGCAGAAGUCAUGUUCUGUGACAACAGCAAGACGACUUGCUGAUUUUCUUGGAGACACUAUGGUCAAAGACAAAGGACUUCGCUGCCAAUACAUAGUUGCAUGUGAACCGCGGGGCACUCCUGUAAGUGAGCGUGCUGUCCCUGUUGCCAUUUUUGAAACUGAUUCAGAAAUUGCAAAAUUUUAUCUUCGCAAGUGGUGCAAGAUCUCAUCUAGUGUUGGAAUCCGGUCUAUUAUUGACUGGUCCUAUUACAGGCAACGUCUAAGUUCUGCUAUUCAAAAGAUUAUAACCAUUCCUGCUGCUAUGCAGAAGGUUUCUAACCCAGUUCCAAGAGUAGUUCAUCCCGAUUGGCUUCACAGAAAGGUCCGGGAAAAAGAGGAACGUUUUCGGCAACGCAAACUAAUUGAUCUCUUUGCUCCAAUCAGCAAAGAUGAGGCCAUGCUAGAGGAGUCACAUGUCCAAGAUCUGGAGGAUGCCAUACAUGAAGGGCGUACUUCCAGAAUCAGAAAGCAGCCCAUAGCCCACAGCUAUGAGCUUAAUAAAGAAAACUUAAUGGGCAAACCAUCUUGUGUAGUGGAUGGGGUUCUUCCUGAAGACCAACAACACAAUGCUGCUAUGAAGAGGUUGCACAAGCCUCUUAUAUCAGUGAGUCAAAAUGGCACAUCGAGUGAAUUCAUUGACAGGAAAGUUGAUUAUCAAGGGUGGCUUGAAGCUAAGAAGAGGAAAUGGAAAACAAUCCGUGAAGAAAGAAAGAGGCGAAAAUUAGGUAGCAUUAAGCAACCACAUCAGUCCAAUGACAGCAUUAAAUUGGUCAGUUCUAAGCUAAGUUCCAGACAUGGCCAAGAUAGCAGUGGGCUUGUUACACUCUUCAGAAAGCACGAGAUGGCCCUUAUUCGAUCACACUGGCAGAUAAUUCAAAUCCUUUCAAGCACGCAACUUGGGUGCUAUUUUGCUUGGGUUGUUGCAGAUGGAAGCAUGUUUAAAGUCCCCAUCAAAGUGCCAAGAGUUUUCUAUCUCAAUUCCAAAGCACCAAUUACUGAAGAAUUUCCUGGAAGGCUUGUGAACAAAAUUCUACCUCAUAACAAACCCAACUUCAAUCUCAUUGAGGUUGCUAUUGAUGAAGACCAGUUUAGGGCUGAAAGCAAGAAGCUCGCAAUUCACCUAGCAGAUCCAGAAGUUGAGGGGAUAUAUGAGACAAAGCUGUCAUUGGAGUUUAAUGCUAUCCUUCAUAUUGGUUGUGUUUGCAAAGUAGACAAAACUGCCAAGUUUCGUAAUACCCAGGAAGGCUGGGCACUGAAUGAGUUGCAUAUGAAAACUACUGCAGAAUGCUCUUAUUUAGAGCGCAAUGUUUCGUUCUUCUAUUUGUAUCAUAGCUUGUCCGACGGAAGGGCAUUAUAUGCCAUAUAUUUUCCAGUAUCUUGUACAGUACUGGUCGUGGUUGUUAAUCCUUUUCAAAAUAGGGAAUUGUCAUCAUCCCUUCUUGAAAGACAAUUCCGAGAAGCUUGCCAAGGCUUGUCCAACAAAUCUCCUUUGCGGGAGAACAAUACUACCUUUAAGGUAGAUUAUGUUCGGUCAAUUGAAGCUGGUGAGCAACUUUUGCAAAGAGCUUUGAUAGAAUACAGGCAUCAUCACCCUGGUCCUGCCAUUGGGAUUAUAGAAUGCCCAAACAUUGAAGCUAUGAAGUUAGGAAUACGAACUUUGGAUGAUUUUCCCUGUAUCAAGAUUCCUUGCAAUGCAAGGGAUAAUAACUAUCAGGCACUCGGAUGGCAACUUGCAGCUGGUAAAAUUGGCAUGCAAAGAUGUGCUGCUUCAUUACAAUGGUUUAAUGAAAGAAUUCACCUUUCGAGAUAUGUGCAUGUCCCUUUGGGAAACUUUGAGCUUGAUUGGCUUCUUUUUACCGCCGAUGUUUUCUUCUCCAGAGCACUACGGGAUCAGCAGCAGAUACUGUGGAUAUCUGAUGAUGGGAUUCCUGACCUAGGAGGUAGCUUUGAAGGCGAUUCUUGCUUUGCAGAUGAAGUCAGUCAACCAUCUCUCACUUAUCCAGGGGCAUACAGAAAAUUAGUUGUUGAACUUAAGAUCCAUCAUCUAGCUGUCAAUGCUCUUUUAAAGAGUAGCCAGGUGGAUGAAAUGGAAGGAGGAUCAUUGUUUGGUUAUGACCAUGACAUGCAUUCUGGAUCGCUUGCCAGUGAUGUGAACUAUGAUGAAGCUAGCGCAUGCGUCCAUGCAUUUAGAGUACUCAAGCAACUAAUACAGAGGUGCAUUGCCGAUGCUGUCACAUCUGGAAAUGUGUUUGCAGAUGCAAUUUUGCAGCAUCUAUAUCGUUGGCUUUGCAGUCCGCUCUCCAAACUUCAUGAUCCAGCUCUUCAUCGUUUACUGCACAAGGUCAUGAAAAAGGUUUUUGCACUACUUCUGGCGGAGCUUAGAAAGUUAGGCGCCACAAUAAUCUUUGCAAACUUCUCAAAGAUCAUUAUAGACACCGGAAAGAUGGAUUUGCCGUCUGCCCAUGCAUAUUGUGAUUGCUUACUGAAAACUCUACAAACAAGGGACCUUUUUGAGUGGAUUGAGCUUGAACCAAUGCACUACUGGCAUUCAUUCUUAUUUAUGGAUCAGUAUAACUAUGGGGGGAUUCAGGCUAAGUCUCUACCUGGAUCCCAGACUGAAGCUGUUAUUGAUGAAUCUGAAGUUGACAUCGUUUCAAGUUGGAAUAUAGCAGAAUGCUUGCCAAAGAUGACUCAGGACCAUUUUGUUUUGGUUGUUUCCGAGUUCUUGUAUAUUCCAUGGAAGUACUUGAGGGAACAGGUUGCAAGUAGGAUGUCUGCAAGGGAUGAGAACACUUGCACUCCAUCAAUCACAAUAGCAGCUUCUGAGACUUUUCAAGCAUGUAUUACAGAGUAUCUCAAAGAACAGAUCAGCAAUUAUUUUACAGAGAAACUUUUAAGGAUAGUGCGUGAUACACUUCACCACCUCAAGGGAAAAAAUAAAAUGGAAACAGAUGACCAGACAAGUCACGCAUUAGAACAAGCUGCUCCUCAUCCACACAAAGGAGAUGCAGCAUUGGAGUUUAUUAAGCAUGUCUGUGCUGUUCUUGCCCUUGACCUAAAUGUUCAGCAUGAUGUCCUGAGGAUGAGGAAGAAUUUGUUGAAAUUGGUCCGGGUAAAAGAAUUCUCUCCAGAGGCACAGUUCCAUGAUCCAUCCCCAACGUUCACACUACCAAAUGUCAUUUGCAGCUAUUGCAAUGACUGCCGAGACCUGGACCUUUGUCGUGAUUCGGUUCUUAUGGAGCAUGAGUGGCGGUGUGCUGUACCACAGUGCGGUCAGCCAUACAACCGAGAGCAAAUGGAGAACGCUCUGCUUCAAAUAGUUCGUCAACGGGAAAGGCUUUUUCAUUUGCAGGAUGUGGUUUGCUUGCGCUGUAGGCAAAUAAAAGCGGCUCACUUGGCUGAGCAAUGCGUGUGUGGUGGCAUAUUCAGGGUCAAGGAAGACUCCUCUGAAUUCCAUAACAAAAUGCAGGUGUUUUUAAACAUUGCCAGGCGUCAGAAAUUUCAAUUGCUUCAAGACUGCACAUCCUGGAUUCUCUCAAGUUAGACAGGCACGGUGGCCCACCCCUCGCUUAAUUCUUUUCUUUUUCAUUUUUUUGUUGCUUACAUCAUCAAACCACAUCCAUCAACAGCGGCCUUUCAACGGUUAUUGAAUGCACUGUGUAUAGAUAGAUAGGUGAGUAGGCUACAAAACGGUUAAAGAUGGGAGACUCAUUUCGGCUUUUAAAACCAUUUGUUGUGCCAUGGCAGAGAGAUGUUCAUAGUCACCAAAUUAAAUUCAACCGAGUCUGUGUAGCAAUAUAAGCCCUUGUCCUUGCACCUUGUGCAUGAUUUGUAAAUGUAAGAACAAUGCGUUUGCGACGUUUUAUGUUUACACAUCUUUCACAAAAACAUAUAUUGUGGCACGUAGAGCCACCAUGUUCUACGUAUUUGGGUUAACUCACAGACAAUAUGAAGUAAAUCUAAAUUGCAUCCUGCUCAUUAUUUAGAUGGAGCUCUGACCAAAAUUUUGGAGUAAUUCUUUAGUCCUUCACUUUGGCUCCUUUGUAUAAGUUUGGAACUGAAACAAAAAAAAAAA